AAGAAUCAUGAGAGGAUCUACUCUUUAGAUAAGGCAGCUAGGGAAGGCUUCCUGUAGGAGGAGGCACUUAAGCUGAUGAUAACAAUGCGAACUAAGCCAUUUUAGAAGCUGGCGUAGGGGCUUCUAGGCAGAGGGCACAGUGAGUGUGAAGACCCCGAAGAAGGAAGAGCAUCAGGCCCUACGGCCCCGGCAAGGAGGAAGCUCUCUGCAGACGCGGCCCGGCAGGCCCGGCAGAAGCCACAGGCCCUGGAGGAAGUGAGCUUCUUGCCCCUGCGGGGCCCCCGCCGCCCUAGGGAACCCGGAAGCUGUUUUGGUUUGGAAUCCGGGGACCACUGUUCGCGCUCCGUGGUCUUCGUUUCCUGGCGUGGAGGAAGCAGCCAGGGCCGGCAAGGCAGUGAUGGAGCCGGAGUCUCUCUACAACCUGCUGCAGCUCCCCGGGAGGGUGAACCAAGCGGCCGGGGUGACACUCUCACAAGGAGAAAAGAAGAAGUUCCUGCCACCCACUUCCAGGAAGGAUCCCAAACUUGAAGAACUGCAAAAGGUGCUGACGGAGUGGAUCAAUGCUAAGCUCCUGCCCGAGCACAUCGUGGUCCGCAGCCUGGAGGAGGAUAUUUUCGAUGGACUCAUCCUGCACCACCUUUUCCUGCCCUCUGCGGUGCCCUUCGCAGAUUGGCUGCAGGACAGUCCCACGAGCUACGGCUUCCUGAGCCCUUGCCACGGAGCAGAGAAGCUGACUGGAGUCAAGCUGGACGUGGAGGAAAUCGCCUUGACCGCGGCUAGCCAGAGACGCAAGCUCGCCGUGGUCCUGGAGGCCGCCGGCCAGAGCCUGCAGGUGGAGGAGCCGCAGGCCCAGUGGAGCGUGGAGAGCAUCUUCAACAAGGACCUGCUGGCCACCCUGCAUCUCCUCGUGGCCCUGGCCAAGUGCUUCCAGCCGGACCUGUCCCUCCCGACCAAUGUCAAGGUGGAGGUGAUCAUCAUGGAGAGCACCAAGAGUGGCCUGAAAUCGGAGAUGUCGGUGGAGCAACUCACUGAGUGCGGCACAGACAAGGACCAACCUUCGAAGGACGUCUUUGAUGAAUUAUUUAAGCUGGCUCCGGAGAAAGUGAACGCUGUGAAAGAGGCCAUAGUGAACUUCGUCAACCAGAAGCUGGACCGCCUGGGCCUGUCCGUGCAGAAUCUGGACACCCAGCUGUGUGGCUUUGGACCUGGACUUCUCUCAACCUCAGGCUCCUCUUUUUUGAAAAUGGGUGCAGGGAUACCAACCUCAGAGAACUUUUGCAGAUGGAGUCAUCUUACUCUUGCUGAUUGGACAACUGGAAGGCUUCUUCCUGCACUUGAAGGAAUUCUAUCUCACUCCCAAAUCUCCUGCGGAAAUGCUCAGUGCCUCUGUCCAUCUGAUGCUCCAUCAUCUCUCCCCCCGUGGAGAAGGGCUCUGCUCGCUGCCUUCCAGAUCCCCGUGGUCCCCGCACGGCCACCAGCUGCCAUGGAGGACUCUGGCCCCUUGCCCGGGAUGCGGCAGGAGUCCUUGGCGUGGGUGGGACAUGCUCCCCCUGCCCCUGCCCUGUGCCCUUGGACCAGGACUGCGACCUGCCCCUUUCCCUCUCAGACAGAGUUCUUUCUCGGGGGCUUCAGGCCCUCCUACACGCCUCACUUCCCGACCCUUGUAGGAGCCCGGACAGCUGGAAUUUGCAGGGAAGCCCUGGCUCUGCCUUUAUUAUUCCACGUUCAAGUCUUGCCUUGUGGUUCCAAUCUCGUGUCCACCAUCACACUUGGAUCCACACGGCAGCUUGGAAAGGCCUCUGGAAGAUGCAUUAAUCCCCUUGUACAGAUGAGGGGACAAAGGCCCAGGCAGGACAUGUGCCUCGUCUGACCUGUGACUUGUGACCUAGUGGGGCGGGUGCACGGACAUCUAACCUAGAUCUGCCCAGACCCACCAGGAGGUGACUGCAGGCGGCCUAGUCAGGGCGGCCUCCUCGGAUGGGCCUGGCUUAUCUGCUGCUCUGCCGGCCGGGUCUCUGGGCCCCUGGCUAGGUUGCCAUGGGAACUGCCUGGCCUGUGUGAAGCGGGCUCUGGGGCUGGUAUGGUCGGCAGACGGGGAGGGAAGGGAGCAGCACGGCUGGCCACCAGUCUGGGACAUCCAGUCAGCACGGUGGGCCUGAGACCUUUGAAGGAAGGACCUGCUUGAGGUGCCAGUGAAUCGGGGACUCAGCCAGCUUUAUCCCUGCCUCGUCCUGCCUUGCCCCACGCCCUCUUUUUUACCACACCAGCCUGCUGCCCCAAGGAGAAGGGCAGGGGUCUUUUCGGUGGGGUCUGAGAAACUAGCUGUGAAAAGGCAGGGCUCCACUAACAGAGGGGCUGCUCUGAGCCGAGGGCUGAUGGGGCUCCCCAGGGCCCGUCACCCAGGGUCCUGUAUCGGGGGAGAUGGUGGAGACCCCACUUUGCAGGGAGCGAGUGGAGGGCCCGAGGCACCAAGGGACUUGCUCGAGGCUCCCCAGGACCGAGCGGGGAUCCGAACCUGGGUGGGCCUGACUCUGGCCCGGGGAAUUCUCAGCUCUGGGAGCGGUGUCUCAGGCGCCAGCCCAGGCAGAGGGGUGGCACAAAGGGCAGGCACCUGGGUAGAGGUGGCUCCUUCAGCCCCCAGUCUGCUUUGCAGGCGUCUGGUUCCGACACGUUCCGUCUUGUGAGUUCAGAUGAGCCCUGUGGCCACUCUGAACGUCGGUCUCCUCAUCAAUGCUUUACCCAUGGACCUCAGCUCUCUGUUCCUGAGGGAGUCUCUGUUGCUCACGGGUUUUGGGGCUGCUUCGGAAAAGAUCAGGAUGAACCCAUGCUCCCUUCCCUGGUUAGUCCCCUCACCUGGCAGGACUCACCCCCAGGUGUCACCUCCACCAGGAAGCCUUCCCUGAUCCCUGGGCUGGGUGCCUUCCUCAGGGACUGCCUUUCCCACUAGAGGUGGCCUCCUUGCUGCACGAUGGGUCAUCGUG